AUGUUGAUUUGGUUAGAAGAAUCAGACAAAAUAUUGGACCCUGCAGCAAUCGACCGUUUAAUUUCAGCAGAAUUUCCCGACCCUAUCGCGCAUGCCAACUUGCACGAAUUGGUCAAAGUACAUAUGCUUCAUGGACCUUGUACCAGUGCUCGAUGCUUAGAUGAAGAAGGAUAUUGCAGCAAACAAUUCCCGAAAUCUUUGCGUGAAGAUACCUUAUACAAUCCCUCUGGAUAUCCGUUAUAUAAAAGACGGCCAAUAGAAACACCUAUACAUAUAGGUCGAAGAACGGUAGAUAAUAGUUGGGUUGUACCAUAUAACGCUUAUCUACUUGAAAAAUACGAAGCUCACAUUAACGUGGAGGCUUGCUCUUCAAUGAAAAGCGUAAAAUAUUUACUUAAAUAUAUAUACAAAGGAUUUGAUAGAGCUCAAAUUGUCGUACGAACCGUGGAAGAAGACGGUCAAACAACAACUAUCCAGGAACCUAUGUACAACGAAAUUCAAAUGUUUCUGGACGUUCGCUAUGUUAGCGCGCCUGAGGCGAUGUGGAGGAUUUAUACAUUCGAAAUGCACGAUAUGUCUCAUGCUAUUAUUAAACUCUUUGUACAUCUUCCGAAUAUGCAACAAGUCUAUUUUAAUACAAAUAGUACCAUUCCUGACGUCGUAGAAAGGGCCGCAACACAACACACUACGUUAACAGGAUGGUUCGCCUUAAAUACCCAAGAUGAAGAAGCUAGACAAUACACAUACGUACAGAUACCUUAUAACUAUGUGUGGAAAAUAACACAAACAAGAAUCUGGGUAGAACGUCAACGUCAUUUUAAUCGUAUAAUUCCUAGAUUAUAUUUUGUACAUCCUAGAGAAGGUGAAAGAUUUUAUCUUCGUCAACGUCUUUUGCAUAAAACAGGAUGUAGAUCAUUCGAAGACAUUAGUACUGUACAUGGCCGUACGUACGAAACGUUCCGUGACGCUGCUAUUGCGAUGAACCUUCUCACGGACGAUAGUAUUUGGUUCACCAUGUUGCAAGAAGCUAUACACGUACAACUUCCACGAGCUCUUCGUCGUAUGUUUUCACAGAUGUUGCUGUUUUGUGAAAUCGAAAAUCCAUUAGCAUUGUGGGAACAAUUUAAAUAUCAUUUAUCUGAAGAUUAUAUACGACGCUUAAAUGAUAACGACCUAGCCUACAACUAUGCCUUGGCUUACAUCAAUCGAUACCUAGCACUACAAGGCAAAUCAAACAGAGACUUUCAACUGCUCUUACCCACUGAACCAGUAGAACACCUAAUCGAAGAUGAAUACGAUUAUGAUCAAUCAGAAGAACAAGAAAUUGCUAAUAGGAACAUUCCCCUUUUAAACCAAGAGCAACGACGUAUUUUUACCGAUAUACUUUUAGCCGUAAACGAAAAUGAAAGAGUUUCACAUCGUCUUUUCUUUAUUAAGGGAAUUGGAAGUGCAGGAAAAACAUUUCUAUUGAAUACACUACUGACUUACCUACUAGGAAAUAAUCACCGUUACAUUGCUAUCUGUUAUACAGGUAUCCCAGCCAGCUUACUGAAAAAUGGCCAAACGAUUCAUCCUGCUUUUAUGUUACCGGUUCCAUUUCUAGAAAAUUCAACGUCAAGGAUUCGCAAUCAGAGCGAUUUCAGGCAUUGCGCACCUAUCGUUCCAUUGGCCGGCAAAAAUGAAACUAUUUCUGCAUCAGUGAAAUGUUCCCAACUAUGGCAACACUUUGUUAAGUACGAUCUUCUUACGAACGUUAGAGCACUGCCACAGCAAAACGAAUUCAAAGAUUGGCUCAUGACCAUAGGAAAUAAUUCCGAAAUUUUACGUCACUUAGAAAAUGGCAGAGAUACUAUAGUCAAAGUUCCUAACCAUAUUAUUGUAGAAAAUGUUACUGAAAGCAUUUACGGUAGCAAUUUAAUUGAACACGAUUCCACACUAUUACAAAAAGCGAUUUUGUCUCCAAAAACUGCCAGGCAGAUCACGACAAUAUAUAGUGUUGAUAGUAUUAUCCGAGAAGACGAUACAACUGAAAAUGCUGCUGAUGAUUUAGAUUCCGCAUGUCCACAAGACUUUUUAAAUUCUUUGGAUGCUCCAAGACUUCCUCCCCACAUUCUUACAUUAAAGAUUGGUGCAGUUAUCAUUUUAACGAAGAAUUUAGAUCUAAAGAGAGGUUUAUGUAACGGCACACGCUUAUUGAUUCAUAAUUUACACGAAAAUUUUAUAGAAGCAAAACGAGUAGAAGACCCUAAUAAUGAACCUUCGAUCGAAUUAAUUUCCAGAGUUGACAACAUCGCUCUAAACUCUCUUGAUCUACCAGUCAACUUGAAAAGGAGACAAUUACCUGUACGUUUGGCUUUUGCAAUGACAAUUAAUAAAAGCCAAGAUCAAACUUUGAGCAGUGUAUGA